CACCUGCCGCCCUGCCGGCUGUGACGCUUCGAUUUAUCCGAUAUUUCCAUUGCCGUGGACGAAUGGUUUGCGAUAUACCGUCAGCUGGCCGGUUCUAUGGAUAUGUUUGUCAUCGCUGUGCUUCUAGAACGAUGCUCCCGAAGGUCUCGGAUAUUAAUCUCGAAGGAGUGACCGGCUACCGUCUGGAUACGAGCCUUUCACGCCAAUUCUCCUGAGGCACUUCCGGAGGAAUGUUGUCCGAUCAAUGGUGGUCAGAAGUUGAGGGUCCUCCGAAGGUUUCAUGCGCGAAUUGAAGCUUCUGGGAAAUCCUCUAAAUGCUGGUCACACCCCGGGAAAUGCUUCCUUUCUCAGUCACAUUGAGAGAUGUUGCUAUACCCAUGUUCAGCCACGGUCAAUUGACAGACCUCAAUGGGAAUUGAGGCUUCAAGACAUCGACGACCAGUUCACAUAUCAAUUGCGAAGUCAACAUGGUCCACUCGCAACAGAUAGGACAGCCUAAGUCACUUUACUAACAUAUGCGAAGGCUCAGUUGUAGAAAGUAAAGUUUUGCUCGAAGCGUGGUUAUUGGAGCUUUAUUUGCUUGUAGAAAGUCUGCAAGUAGAGGAUAAUAGUU